AUGUUAUUCAUUUUAGAUCAUGGAUUAGGAUUAGUUUCUUACUGUUUAGUUAUUUAUUUUCAAAAUAUUAAGUCUUAUAAUGCAGGUAUGUUGACUGCUCUUUCUAAUCGAAUUGGUGAUGUGGCUUUAUUGUUAGCUAUUGCUUGGAUAUUAAAUUAUGGAAGUUGAAAUUAUAUUUUUUAUUUAGAUAUAAUAGAAAAUAAUUUUGAAAUAAUAAUUAUUGGGGGGUUAGUUAUAUUAGCUGCUAUAACUAAAAGAGCCCAAAUUCCUUUUUCUUCUUGAUUGCCUGCAGCUAUAGCUGCUCCUACUCCUGUUUCUGCUUUAGUUCAUUCUUCUACUUUAGUAACUGCGGGAGUUUAUUUAUUAAUUCGAUUUAAUAUUUUAUUAGAAAAUUCAACAUUAGGUCAAUUUUUAUUAUUAAUAUCUGGAAUAACUAUAUUUAUAGCAGGAUUAGGGGCUAAUUUUGAAUUUGAUUAAAAAAAGAUUAUUGCUUUAUCUACAUUAAGUCAAUUAGGUUUAAUAAUAAGAAUUUUAUCAAUAGGAUUUUAUAAGUUAGCUUUUUUUCAUUUAUUAACACAUGCUUUAUUUAAGGCAUUAUUAUUUAUAUGUGCUGGGGUAAUUAUUCACAAUACAAAAAAUGCCCAAGAUAUUCGUUUUAUAGGAAAUUUAAGAAUAAGAAUACCUUUAACUUGUAGAUGUUUUAAUGUUGCAAAUUUAGCUUUAUGUGGUAUACCUUUUUUAGCGGGAUUUUAUUCUAAGGAUUUAAUUUUAGAAACAGUAAUGUUAUCUUAUAUAAAUUUUUUUUCUUUUUUUCUUUUUUUUUUCUACUGGGUUAACAGUAUGUUAUUCUUUUCGAUUAGUUUAUUAUUCAAUAACUGGGGAUUUUAAUAUAACUUCUUUAAAUAUAUUAAAUGAUAAAGGUUGGGUGAUAUCUUUUAGAAUUUUUUUUUUGAUAUUUAUAGCUAUUAUUGGUGGAAGAAUAUUAAAUUGGUUAAUAUUUUUUAAUCCCAAUAUAAUUUGUUUACCUUUUUAUAUGAAAAUAUUAACGUUAAUAGUAUGUUUUAUAGGGGGAUUAAGAGGAUAUUUAAUUAGAAAUAUUAAUUUAUUUUUUUUAAUAAGUCAAUAAAAUAUUAUAAAUUUAGUUAUUUUUCUGGUAGAAUAUGAUUUAUACCUCUAAUUUCUACUAUUGGGGUAAUUAAAUGACCAUUAAUUUUAGGAAUAUAUUCAUUUAAGAGAUUUGAUCAAGGAUGAAGAGAAUAUUUUGGGGGUCAAAUAUUGUAUAAUCAAUUAAAAAAUUAUUCAUUAUAUGUGCAAGAGUUUCAAAAUAAUAAUUUAAAAAUUUAUUUAUUAAGAUAUAUAUUAUUAGUAAUUAUUUUAGUAGUAAUAAUAAUAUUUUUAAAUUAAUUAAUAAA